AGCCACCAACAACCUUCUAUCACUUCAAUCCUCUCUUUGAUUUGAAUCCGCGUGACUUUCACAGAGUGUGUGCCACACGCGCGCGCUUACAUACACACACAGAAUGAAGCUCUCGGCGUUGCAGCAGAGCUACCUCAACCGCCGGAGCAACAGCUUCAGAGGAUCCGCCCAGCUCGAUUCCGCUGCUGAUGGCUCGGUAAAGUCGCCGGCGGCGGUCUUCUGGCUCGUACUCCACGGCGUAUGCUGCCUUAUCAGCCUCGUCCUUGGCUUCCGCUUCUCCCGUCUCGUCUUCUUCUUCAUCUUCUCCACCUCCGCCACCAACCUCUACUUCCGCGGCGCAGCCGAAAUCGCCUCUCACCUCGACGUUCGCUCGACUCCCGUCACCGGUGCCGCCGACAGCGUCCCUGGGAACAUGACGGCGGUCGUGGCGAGCUCCACCAGCAGGGUGGUGGUCGGGCGGCACGGGAUCCGAAUCCGGCCGUGGCCGCAUCCGGAUCCCGUGGAAGUAAUGAAGGCUCACCAGAUACUUGAGCGGGUCCAGAGGGAGCAGAGGGCGCUGUUCGGCGUGAAGAACCCUAGGACGGUGAUCGCGGUCACCCCGACCUACGCCAGAACUUUCCAGAAGCUUCACCUGACCGGCGUUAUGCACUCUCUGAUGCUGGUGCCGUACGAUCUGGUUUGGAUCGUGGUGGAGGCUGGUGGCGUCACCAACGAAACUGCUUCCAUCAUUGCUAAAUCGGGACUCAGAACUAUCCACGUUGGGUUUAGGCAAACAAUGCCGAAUUCUUGGGAGGGAAGACACAAAUUGGAGUCUCGUAUGCGUCUUCAUGCUUUGGGGAUUGUGAGGGAACAGAAGCUGGAUGGCGUUGUGAUGUUUGCUGAUGAUAGUAAUAUGCAUAGUAUGGAGCUAUUUGAUGAAAUCCAAAAUGUGAAGUGGAUUGGUGCUGUUUCGGUUGGGAUACUUCUUCAUUCUACUGACUCUUCGGCUACGAUUCAAAGAGAGGGCGAGGAGGAAUCCACCCCAAUGCCCGUGCAGGGUCCUGCUUGUAAUGCUACCAAUAAGUUAGUUGGAUGGCACACCUUCAAUUCGUUGCAAUAUGUAGGAAGAAGUGCGGUUUAUAUUGAUGACCGGGCACCUGUACUGCCCAGGAAGCUAGAGUGGUCUGGAUUUGUGUUGAAUUCCAGAUUGGUAUGGAAGGAUGUUGAUGACAAGCCAGAGUGGGUUAAGGAUCUUGAUGAGUUGGAUGGGGCUGGAGAGGAGGUAGAGAGUCCAUUGUCCUUGCUCAAGACCACUUCCGUGGUAGAACCACUUGGGAAUUGUGGCCGCCAAGUUUUGCUUUGGUGGUUGCGGGUUGAAGCUCGCUCAGACAGCAAAUUCCCUGCUCAAUGGAUAAUUGACCCUCCUCUGGACAUCACUGUCCCCUCGAAGCGAACUCCAUGGCCAGAUGCCCCUCCUGAGCUCCCAUCUAAUGAGAAAAUGUCAGUUGGCGCUCAAACACAAGACCAGCAGAUAAACAAGCAUUCUACAAAAACGAAAACGCCAAGAACAAGGCGCAGUAGAACUAAGAGAAGGCACGACACCAAAGUGAUAGGUGUGCAAGCAUCUACGCUUUCUGUUUCUGAACAACAAAACUGAUAUGUUAAUAAGAGUACAUCUGAGGAAUUUUCUGGCCUGUGGAUAAAGAAGAGAAGAGAAUAGAAUGCUGGUCUUUCAGAAACAAGAAUGAAUCUGAAUUCAACCAAACGGAGAAGCCAAUGUCCUAUAAUGGACAAUGGAUACAUACAUCGGCCUUGUAACUUUUAUGGUGGACCAGCAUCUGUGCAUUCCGGUCUGAUUUCACCCAAUUUUUUUUCUUUCAAAGUGAUUUUUUCUUUUCUUUUUUGUUUCCUUAUUUUUGUUGAGGGUGCUAUAUAUUCCGUUCGCAUGAAUUAGUUUUGCAGCAGUUGCUGUCUUGCAGGAAGCCUGUAUUCAAAUUUUAUUCCAUGUUAAUACAUAUUCUUCUCAAUAGGAUUA